UCGCACGUCGCUUGGAAUCCGCGAGGACCGGCUAUUCGACAAGUGAAUCUUGGAUCAGCAAGUGAUCUGGAGGAUUACCAAUAUCCUGCGACAACGAGCAUCCUGACAAUACCUUCAGUGCCCUGUCCAGCCCAUGACCGGCCACACUCUUUCUCGCACUCUCGACGGGCAAGAUUAUCGAGGCAGGUAGCUAGUUUGCUUAUCAGAAGCAGCUCCAGUUGGGGACACAAGUGGGAAAUACCGUCGCAGCAGCCCUUGCCACUUUGCGGAGAGGCUAAACUGGACACGCUGCUGUGA